AUGCGAGAAGCGGCUGGAGUACUUCAAGGACCGAACGGAUGCGGACCAUGGAGGAGGACGAGCAGUUCCUCUACGGCACGCACUACUCGACGCCCGCUUAUGUCAUAUAUUGGCUCUUGCGCAGCAUGCCCGAGCGGAUGCUGCGCAUGCACGGCGGGCACUUCGACGCCCCCGCGAGGCUGUCCAAGAGACUGCGUGCAGGAGUCUUGGAGGGCGGUCAACGAGAGCACGGCCUCCCUGAUGGAGCUCAUCCCGGAGUUCUUCGUCCUGCCGGCCAGCUGGCUGGAGAACGGGCUGGGCAUCGCCACCGGGGAGGGCCCUCUCGCCGAUGUCGUGCUGCCGCAGUGGGCCAGCGGUAUCACGGACUUCGUCUGCAAGAUGCGGGCGGCCCUUGAGAGCGAGUGGGUGUCCCAGCAUCUUCCUGCCUGGAUAGACCUGAUCUUCGGGUGCAAGCAGGCCGGGGAGGAGGCGGUGAAGGCCGACAACCUCUUCCACCCAGUCUGCUACACAGGCUCGUGCGCCAGGGCGCAGCCCCCGUCUGUGUCGGAGAUGCCUCCGCACGUGCUCGAGACGCAGCUGCAGGAGUUCGGGCGCGUGCCGCGGCAGCUCUUCGCCGAGGCCCAUCCGCCGAGGCUGCGCAGCCCGCGCUGGGAGCCCACGCGACUGCUGGAAGAGCCGGUGCAGUCGGAGGCGUGGUACGCAGCCGUCAGGCAUGUGGCCGCCAGCGCCGCCGAGGAGGCCACCCGCGAGCCCGCCCUCGCGGCCGCGCCGCCCAGCGCCCCGGGGCGGGCCCCGCCCGGCGCGGGCCCCUCUGCCGCGGGGGCGGCGCCGCAGAGCGCGGGCGCCCCUGCGGCGGGCGGCGCGGGCGCCCGCGCGGCUGGCGCGGCCGCGGAGCCGCCGGUGGCCGUGCUGCGCGGCCUGCGGGCGCGCGUCGCGGCGCCCGUCGCCGCCAGCGGCAGCAUCACCGGCGUCGCCGCGUGCGCCUCCGCGUACGCGGUUGGCGACGACGGCUGCCUGCGGGUGAGCCCAGUGUCGUGCUGGUCCUCCCCGGGCGAUGGCGGCGCGUCGGCGCCCGGGGCGGGCCGCAGUUUUCGCGUCUCCCCGAUGCCGCUGUCGGCGUUGGCCGUGCUGGAAAGGGACCUGCUGGCCAUCGGCGGCCACGACAACGCCGUCAUCCUCUACUCAGCCUCCUGCGGCUCGGCCCGCGCCAGGUGCACAGCACAUGCCGACACGGUCACGUGCCUGGCAGCGUCCUGGGGCAGGGGCGUCCUUGUGUCCGGCUCCAGGGACCAGUCUGUCCGCACGUGGGCGUUCACCCCCUCAGGGCUGAAGAACGACGCCACUUUCGAUGACGUGGAGCAGCCGGUCGUCUGCGCGGCCGCAGCCGACAACCUCGUCCUGGCCGGCGCUUCGGACGGGCAGGUCAUCGCCUGGGACCUGCGCAGCGGGCGGCCCGCCCUCGAGCGCGAGCUCGGCGGGCCGGCCGCGGCGUGCGCGCUGCACCACAGCGAGCGCUUCGCCGUGGCCCUGGACGCCGCCGGCGAGCUGCGGCUCUGGGACCUCCGCAGGGGCUGCGAGAGCCUCCGCCUCUCGGUCGCGGCGCGCGCCGGGCGCGGCAGCCUCGCCUCCGCGCUCUGCUUCCUGACCGACUGCGGGGACUGGGCGCUGGUGGGCGGCGCGGGGGCGGACGGCCGACCCGCCGUGGCGCUGUGGGGCAUCCCGGACCAGCGCGAGCUGCGGAGCUGGCAGCUGGAGGACGGCGGAGGCUGCGCGCAGGGAGGCCCGGAGGUCCGCUUCCUGGUGCCGCUGGCGGAUGGCGUUGGCGGCCGUCUCCCGGAGGGCGGCGGCCUGGACGGCCACUUCGCGUGCGCGAGCGCCUCGGGGGCCGUCCACGUCUUCGGCAGGGGGGCGUGAGGCGGCGAUCCCGGCCUUCCGCAGGAGCCACUGCUGGAAAACGGG